AUGAAUCAAUUACAACAAAAUGAACAACAAUCAUUACCAACAUCAACAGCAGCAGAUACUAGUAGUAUAGGAGUACUUAGUGCACAAAGGAUUCAAGAUCUUGAAAAAAUUGAAAAAAUGAUUGUGGAGUUAUUAAAUGUAGCAGCUCAGGCCAUUAUGUGUUUAGCAUCAGACGGACAUGUUAACAAAGAUACUAUUGAAGAGUCUAAACAUAGAAAGCUUAGUGAAAAUGAACAAAUUCAAAUGUUUGAAGACUUGACAAAAAAUUUUGGAGAAUUGAUAGAUGUGAGUUAA